AUGGUUAUGUGUCACAAGAAGGCAUCCGCUGAGCAACCUCUUCCUACGAGCAAUAUAAGUCUGGCUAAUGAUACAAAGUACACUAUUUACAUCGAAAAAUUCUUGCAAAGAUGCGAGCAAGACUUCAAUUUCAUCGAAGCAUUUGGAACACCGUUAUUUUUGGACGACAAUCUUAUGAGUGAUUACGGUGUGAAUCUGAGUAAAGAGGAGGCAGAAGGCGGAAUUACGGACGAUAUUUUGAAGCAGAAUGUAGAGAAAUAUGUAAAGAAUGCAGUUGCUCUACAGAACACAGCUAAUGAAACUUACAAAUACUUUGAGAAAGUUGUUAAUGAUACAUUCAACCCACGAGGAGCUGCCGCCAUACAACCAAAGUACAAGGAAUUGUGUGUCAUUCCAUCUAGGCUGAUUCCAAAAAACAACACACAGUUCCUCGAAAAUUUUAAGGAGGAAGUUGAACAGUUGGACAAACGAAAACCUCCUAUAUUCCGUCAAAGGGUGCUCAAAGCUUUAGCUCUGGUGAAGACCGAGAACCACAAAUGUUACGAUAUACCUCUAUUGUGGGAACAGUCACAGAUGUUGCUUUAUAGUACCAUCUCAGGACCUUAUCAAGGGCAGUGGUUAAUAUGUGUCUUUGUUGCUCUGCUCACGCUUCUCGAGUUCAUUGCUACGAUUCGAUUGUCUGCAGUGCUCAGUGCUCUGGAACAUUCUUCACUUUCAUCGUCAUCAUCAAAUGAAAAUAAAUCUCCUGGGACGAGGCGGAGCAGUUUGCGUAGUCACCUGGAGCCAACUGGAAAUGCGAUGAAGAGUCAGGCGGACCAGUUCACAAAAAGUCAAGCCGAUCAAGGAAGUAAAAGUCAAAAUAAUCAGAUGCAAGGCGAUCAACUGCCUCAGAGCCAAGUCGAUCAGACAAAAAGUCAAGCGAAUCAGCAGACGAAAAGCCCUCCCUAUCAUGUUUUAAUAACACAUGAAACUAAAGAAGACCAAGGGAACACAGUUAAGGAAGACAAACUACGGAAGGAUACUGCAAAGCCACCGGUCGAGAAAAAGCCCCAAGCACCCAAUGCUGCAAAGAAAACUUGA